AUGAACCAGCAUUUUGGUGGUAAAGCUCAUCAGGUUGGUCUCAGACUCAAUUCAAUUGAUUAUGCUCUAAAAUUAGCAGUCAAUUAUGACUUAAUUAUUAUAAUAUCAUCACCAAGAUUUCAUGAUGAAGAUGACCAACGUGAACAAUAUAUUUCACCACCACCUGAAUUUUGUGAAGAUGAUGAUUUUUAUUCAAUACCAUGUUCAUCUUCAUCAUUUUUCGUUGAUGAUAAAUUACUUCAUAAUGAAUUAGAAAGAACUAGUAUAAGAUCAAGAACAGCAACAGGUCAAUUUUUAUGUAUUGAUCAUGCUCCUCGCUGUCAUUCAUUUGUUAACGAUUUAUAUUCAAUUGAUACAAAUAACUUUCAGUAUCAUCCAUCACGUUCAUUUAUUGAUUCUUUACUAUCUAUUGAAUAUUUUCGUGCAUAUCUUGCUUCAAUUUAUAUUUUAAUAACUGGUUCUGUAUGUUUAUAA